GAGGGAGAGGGCUGGAGGGACAGUCUGUUGGAGAUCAGUAGGUGGGGCUUGGAGGCCCCACCCUCCCCAGAGCCAGCUCAGAAUCCCUGUCUUUCUGUUUCUCUUAUUGUUUUAGCAGAUGUUGAGAAGCUAAUCUGCCUUUACCAGAGUGGCUUCACUCCUUUUGUAUCCAAAGGAGAAGACCCCAAGUUGCCAUGAACUCUGCCAUCACCAGCUGUGAGCACCCCGACCCCUCGCAGAGGGGUGAUGAUGGCAUGCUCAGUGCCCACGAUGAUGGCCAAGACAAGAAGAACAGGCAGCCCAGGAGUCCCAGGAGCAGCCAGCUGGCCUAUGCCAUCCUGGACACCCCACCAUGGUAUCUCUGCAUCUUCUUGGGGAUCCAGCAUUUCCUCACGGCCCUGGGGGGGCUCGUGGCAGUGCCACUCAUCCUGGCCAAGGACCUGUGUCUGCAGCAUGACCCUCUGACGCAGAGCUACCUCAUCAGCAACAUUUUCUUCGUCUCGGGCAUCUGCACUCUCCUGCAAGUGUUUUUUGGAGUCAGGCUGCCCAUUCUCCAAGGAGGGACAUUUGCUUUUGUGGCACCCUCCCUGGCCAUGCUCUCCCUUCCCUCCUGGAGGUGCCCUGAGUGGACACUCAAUGCCAGCCAAGUAAACAUCAGCUCUCCUGAAUUCACUGAGGAAUGGCAGAAGAGGAUUCGAGAGCUGCAGGGCGUCAUCAUGGUUGCUUCCUGUGUCCAGAUGCUGGUGGGUUUCUCAGGCCUCAUUGGCUUUCUCAUGCGCUUCAUUGGCCCCUUGACCAUUGCUCCGACCAUCUCCCUGGUGGCCCUGCCUCUCUUCGAUUCUGCAGGCAAUGAUGCCGGAGUCCAUUGGGGGAUCUCCACCAUGACCAUCUUCCUCAUCGUACUGUUUUCACAGUACCUGAAAAACAUUGCAGUGCCCGUGCCCAUUUACGGACGAAAGGAGAAGUGUCACACCUCUAAGUUCUACCUGUUUCAGGUCUUCCCCGUGCUGCUAGGGCUUUGCAUCUCCUGGUUCCUCUGCUUCGUGUUCACGGUCACCAAUACCUUCCCCUCGGCCCCCACAGCCUAUGGGUACCUGGCUCGCACCGACACCAAAGGCAACGUCCUGAGCCAGGCCCCCUGGUUUCGCUUCCCUUACCCAGGACAGUGGGGCCUCCCCACCAUCAGCCUGGCUGGGGUCUUUGGCAUCAUAGCCGGGGUGAUCUCCUCGAUGGUGGAGUCAGUAGGCGAUUAUUAUGCCUGUGCCCGCCUGGUGGGAGCCCCACCCCCUCCGAAGCACGCCAUCAACCGUGGCAUUGGCAUCGAGGGCCUUGGCUGCCUGCUGGCAGGGGCCUGGGGGACAGGGAACGGCACCACCUCCUACAGUGAGAAUGUCGGAGCACUGGGUAUCACCAGGGUGGGGAGCAGGAUGGUGAUUGUCGCUGCGGGCUGCGUGCUGCUCUUGAUGGGCGUUUUUGGGAAGAUAGGGGCUGUGUUUGCCACGAUUCCCACCCCUGUGAUCGGGGGCAUGUACCUGGUGAUGUUCGGGGUCAUCUCUGCCGUGGGGAUUUCCAAUCUGCAGUACGUGGACAUGAACUCGUCCAGAAACAUCUUUGUCUUUGGCUUCUCCAUAUACUGUGGGCUCGCCAUUCCCAACUGGGUGAACAAGAACCCCGACAAACUCCAGACAGGGAUUCUCCAGGUGGACCAGGUCCUGCAGGUGCUGCUGACCACGGGCAUGUUUGUCGGUGGAUUUCUGGGCUUUCUGCUGGACAACACCAUUCCUGGAAGUCUGGAGGAGAGGGGCCUCCUGUCAUGGAAUCAAAUCCAGGAGUCUGAGGACACCACGAAGGUCUCGGAAAUCUACAACUUCCCCUGUGGGAUUGGCACCAAGUUCUGCACUUCCUCCUGCACCCGGUACCUCCCCUUCUGGCCCAGACUGGAACAUGAUGGGAAAGAAGAAAUGGGAGUAAGCCAGCUCACACUCGUGUCCCAGAAUUCCUCAGGAAAGCGCCCAAAGUGUGCCACGGAGACCAGGAUGUGAAGAGACCUCUCCUUGCGCACCCGAGCCGUCUCCACACCCCCCACACCCCUAGAAUGUGCUAAUCUCUCUAUUUCAUGUAUGGGUGGGUACCCUGCCCUCCAGAGCACCUCUGGCACUUCGCAUACCCCAGCAGCCAAAUAAGCAUUAGGCGAAGACCAUGACAAGCGUGUUUUGACCUGGUCACUUAGUCACCAAGGCCUGGCCUCAAGCUGCAUCUUUCCAUUGGGCUCCUGUCUCUAGUGUAAACCAGUGUAACCCGAUGUCCACACAGAAACUCAGUUAGCCCACAUGCUCUCAGCAGUAUUUUGAUACCUUGGGAGAAACAGGCCUGGGGUGGCGCAGGGGACAGAGAGGGGGCUUGGCAGAAAGAACAAGUCUCUUCCUCCCCAAAGAGGCAGGCGGCCUGGCCAGCCCCUCCAGGCCCUUCCCCUUUGUACCCCUGCCAUUUGUAAACAGUGAAGUGCUGGCAAAGCUAUAACCCCUGCAAUACGCCCGGUGCGAGUCCUUGGGUGUCAGCUCCUGCAUCACAGGACGGCUGUGAGCGGUGAGAGCUGGGCUGUGGAGGAGACAGGACUGGGUUUGGCGCCUAAGACUCAACUGCUUGUCAGGUUCUCAUGGGGAGAUGAAACAGCCAAAGCAUUUGCGGGGGCCUGCAGUGGAGGGGAGCCGCUGCUGUCAUGACGUGUACACUGUGAAGAGCCAGGUGAACCCAUUCUCUCUGCACACUUGUGGAUUAGGCAGGGUUCUCCAGAAAAAACAGAGCCAAUAGGCUGUGUGUAUGUGUGUGUGUCACACAUACACACAUAUAUACACAUGUCUACACAGACAUGUAUAU